CUUACUAUCCUUCUUUCGUAACCCGUGGUAGCGUGGGCCUAUGCUCAUACAUCUGCUCUGUUUUCGAACAAUAACAAGCGAAGAGUGAACAUUCUAGCUGGCACAAACCCUACCUUAAAAGAUGACGACCUUGACAUAUUUAAGAAAUAUGACGAAGUUGUGUUCGCAACGCAUAUUAAACGAUCUGGUUUGCCGUAACGGGAUUGGAAAGAGAGGCCUGUGCUCGACGAGCUCAUUAGGCGGAACAACAGGUAUAGAGGAAGGCGAGGGGCUGGCGGCAGAUAUCGGCGUGAACAGGACUGGUAAAACUAAGGUUCUAUAUGAUGGGGAAUGCCCACUGUGUAUUCAAGAGAUCAAGCUUGUGAGGUACCUGAACAACAAUAAAGAUGCUAUCCAUUUUGUUGACAUCUCGCAACCAGGAUACAAUCAGAUGGAGCAUAACAACAUUCCCUUUGACGAAGCGAUGGGUAUCAUGCAUGUUGUAGGGCCAGAUAACACGGUGCACAAGAAGAUCAAUGCUGUUGAUGCCAUGUACAGAGCUGUAGGCUGGGGUUGGGCAACUGGAUUCAUGAAAUGGCCGAUAUUUGCUGGCCUCUUUGAUCGUGGCUACAUGUGGUUUGCCCGCAACCGACUCAGACUGACCGGUCAGCAGUGCAGGGAGGGGAACUGUAAGAUCCCAGAUGCCUGAUCUAUGUCCAAUGUACUUGUCUAUUUUUCAAUUCAUAGAUUAAAUAGUCUGGAUUACUAACAACUACAAAUUUAUUGAACUUUCUUUCUGAGAGACCUAGUGUCAAAGCACCAAGCUAUUUUCAGCAGAGAAAUAUGAUGAUUUAUAAGGAAAUGCUUUUCUUCCUUGCAGAGGGAGGGAGCAAUAUGUUGGUAGUAUCCUGUCAUGCCCACAGAGGGAGUGAAACAAUAUUCUAAAUAUACCUGGCAUUAGAUGAAUUAUUCUGUCAUGAACAUGGACCUGAAGUUAAGAUUUUAUGCUGGUAACUGAAGUAAAGACCUUAAUAUGUUUCAAUGUGUGACAGGGCUCAACAUUGAUUAAGAUUGAUUAGCAAAGUCUCCAUAUUGUAAAUGCAUUUAUUAAGUAGGUUAUUUUUCUUGUGUUUAACAAGUGUUUAAUGAGCCAAAUUAUAUCAUCUCUUUGGAGCCUGAACAAGAUAUACUGCUAUCAUGUUACACUCGAUCAACGUCUUUCGUGUCCAAACAGACAAUAAAGUGAUGAGCCCUGUAUAUAAUGUA